UCAAGAUUAAAAGACACUGAUACGCAUCGACUCGUAAUAUGUCAUGCACAUCUAUUGACAGUAAUUUCCAUUCAAAAUUCACCCUGACUGUGUAGAUAAAAAGGAGAGCAAGAAAAGUCGAAGGACUUCGGGAGAGUAGAAGCUCUCAAUAUCCACGCGUUCCCUUUUCAAAUAUGGCGACCUCCAGUAAAGACGUGCAGGAAUGUAUAGAGAGUCUCCGCGAGAGUUUAAAAUCGCACGGAUUUGAAAUUUAUCCUUUCAAGGUUGGAUGGUAUAAUGCAGUGACAUCUCAGGCUCAUCACGUCUCAUAUCCAACAGACACUCUGGCAGUAGUGGUCCUGAGCACACCUUCAAUGUUUGAGAGGGCAUUCCUGCCUUUCUUACAGAGCCAAAGCUGUGAGGGUGUCAGAGACCCUGUAGAUCAGUGUGUCAGUCACACAGUCUCAUCUUGUGUCUCUCAGUGUUUUCCAAAUCAAUCCGUGGAUGUAAGUUAUGAUUAUGAGAUGCUUCCCAGUAGAAGACCCAAGUUUCUUGCCCAGACAGCAGCCCACGUAUCAGGAGCAGCAUACUACUACCAGAUGUCAGAUAUUCACAAUCCACCAUGGGGAGACAAGAAGAUGUUUGGAGUGUGUAUACACCCCAAACUGGGUGGCUGGUUUGCUAUUCGAGCCCUGCUGGUAGUUAAGGAUGUGCAAGUGGGAGCAGAACUUCAGCAAAAAGAUCCCCCAGACUGUGUGAGCGCACAGAAGGAUAGGAUAGAGCUGCUGGAGAAAUUUAACUUCUGCUGGCAGGACUGGACCUACAGAGACAUCGUACCCACAGAGGAGAGUUACUCUCCUCGGCAAAGAGAGUAUUUCAACACUCCUCCAGCACAGAGGAUGGCGCUGCUCAGACACUGGGGCUUUUUGACAGAGACUGACACUGAAAAACAGUGUUCCAUGAAAAAAGAGGGGUGAUUAAAGGAAUGUUUUAGGUUCAAUCAAAUUUAAGUUCUAUCGAAAGCAUUUGUGGCUUAAUGUUUAUUACAACAUAAAAUAGUUUAAACAAACUUUCUUAUUAUUAUUUAAUUGUGUGUUCGUUAAAGCCACUUUCAAACUCCAAAAAGCACACAGCGACAGCAUAAAAGAUUUAAGUGCUUCUGAAAUCAUUCGAUCAGUUUUUGGUGAGAACAGACAAAAAUGUAACUCCUUAUUCACUAUAAAUCUUGACAUGACCAGUCUUAGCUCGUUCAUGGGAGAACACUUGCAUUUGAGUGCUUUACGUGAUGAGGGAAUUAACAUUUGCUUUAAAAUGCACACUGUUUUUAAAAGUAUAACCAGACGACUUAAACAUAAUAUGUGUUAACCUGACUCUAGUGUGAUGAAAUCGCUUACUAACCUUGUAGCAGCCAAUAAUGUAAUAACUACAGUUAAUGUAAUAACUGCCAAUAAUGUACAAAAAUGUUUAUAAUUUUUUUAUUAACCCAGCCAAUAAUGUAAGAACUUAUUACAUUAUUGGCAAGUUAUUAUAUGAUUGACUUUUAUUAAAGUAAUGGAAAAUGUAUUGCGUUAUUGGCAGUUAUUACAUUUAUGGUAUUUAUUUUAUUAUUGGCUGCUACAAACCUUGAUCGUGUAAAGUUAUAUCCAAUAUUUAUAUUUUUUGUUAUGAAGAUGUAACUGUGGUAAUCCCGGUAGCAUUAUGUCAGCACAAUGAUACCAAAAAGGGAGGUAAUGUACCUUAUUUAAGUGCUUUCAACACAAUAUGAGCAAAAUAUUUCAGCCUUUAAAACCCUCCAAAAACUGGUCGGUCUUCCAUUGUAAGUGCCUUACUCUAAUCUUUUUUUUUUUUUAAGAAAAUAGGGAUGAGUAGAAAUUAUUUUUUGUGAAAAUCAACACUGCAACAAAUCCUGUCGAUUGAGCCUAACUUGUAUUGAGCAUGGAACCUUUAAGCAGACGUAUGUUUUCCCAUUAAAACGUAAUUAUUUUCCCUCUGAAUAAUUUUGAAUGAAUGUAUUUAAUCUUACCAUCGCUCAGAUAUUGUGAACAUGAAUGCAAUUCUUACUCGGUAGUUCUCUGUACUACAGAAAAAAUUUAUGAAAGGCUCUUUCAGUCUUUUAAUGGUAAGGUUUUAAUUCUGUAAUAUUUUUUAAUGCAGAACACAUUGGAAAGUCCCCCACACUCUUUAUUUAGCCUUGUAAUAAAUGAUUUUUAUUCUAUAAAUUUCAAAGAAUUAAAAUAAUUAUAGCACCCACAUUCUAUUUAAAGUUCCUACAGUCAAUGAAUAUUAAUGUUAUUUAUAAAAUGACAUUCCAUAGUAUCAAUAUGUAGGUAAUGUCUGCCAAUUCAAAUCUUAAUUAAUCACUCAUUAUUCUUCUACACUAACUAGAUAAUAUGUG